UAAUUGAUAUUGAUGAUUUUAUUUAUUUUUUAAGAAAAAUAUAACACGUAGAGCGAGCGAGCGAGGGAGAGAGAGAGAGAGAGAGAGAAUGUGUUGAAUAUUUCCAUCUCUGUCGUGCGAGUGGUGACGCAUUAUUUUAGUCGAGAGCGAGACGGAACCCCUUUUUCUUUUCCAUUAAUUUGUUUUUAAUUCAAUGGAAUUUAUUAAUUAUUACUUAAUAUAAUAAUAACAUAAUAUAAAAAUAUAUAGGUACUUAUUUUAAAGUAAAAUCAUCAACGAUACUCCGUCUCUGUCGCACUAGCGCUCGCACACGCGAGAGUGAGAGAAGACAUGGCCCCCCCGCUGCCGCCCGCCCCUCGUUCGCUUUACGAAUGAUAUAAAAGUCAGGCUCUGCCUAGUUUCGGGCACAGUCUCGUUCGAGUAAUCGUCUCUCGCACACACUAUCGGUGUGCGCACGUGUAAAUCGAAACCACUGAACCAAAUCAAGCAAGAUGACCGGUCGCGGUAAGGGAGGAAAGGGUCUGGGAAAAGGAGGCGCCAAGCGCCACAGGAAGGUGCUCCGUGACAACAUCCAGGGUAUCACCAAGCCCGCCAUCCGUCGUCUCGCUCGCAGAGGUGGCGUGAAACGUAUCUCCGGUCUGAUCUACGAGGAGACGCGUGGUGUGCUGAAGGUGUUCCUUGAGAACGUGAUCCGUGACGCCGUCACUUACACGGAGCACGCCAAGAGGAAGACCGUCACCGCCAUGGACGUCGUCUACGCUCUGAAGCGUCAAGGUCGCACCCUGUACGUUGUUUUACGUUUACGUACAAUGGCCCGUACCAAGCAGACCGCUCGUAAGUCGACCGGCGGUAAAGCCCCGAGGAAGCAGCUGGCCACCAAGGCCGCUCGCAAGAGUGCGCCCGCCACCGGUGGCGUCAAGAAACCCCAUCGCUACAGGCCCGGUACCGUGGCACUCCGUGAGAUUCGUCGUUACCAGAAGAGCACGGAGCUCUUGAUCCGCAAGUUGCCGUUCCAGCGUCUCGUGCGUGAAAUCGCUCAGGAUUUCAAGACCGAUCUGCGUUUCCAGAGCUCCGCCGUCAUGGCGCUCCAGGAGGCCAGCGAGGCUUACCUGGUGGGCCUCUUCGAGGACACCAACCUGUGCGCGAUUCACGCCAAGCGCAUGACCGGUCGCGGUAAGGGAGGAAAGGGUCUGGGAAAAGGAGGCGCCAAGCGCCACAGGAAGGUGCUCCGUGACAACAUCCAGGGUAUCACCAAGCCCGCCAUCCGUCGUCUCGCUCGCAGAGGUGGCGUGAAACGUAUCUCCGGUCUGAUCUACGAGGAGACGCGUGGUGUGCUGAAGGUGUUCCUUGAGAACGUGAUCCGUGACGCCGUCACUUACACGGAGCACGCCAAGAGGAAGACCGUCACCGCCAUGGACGUCGUCUACGCUCUGAAGCGUCAAGGUCGCACCCUGUACGGUUUCGGUGGUUAAACCAACCGCUGCCGCUGAAUCGUCGUCGUGUGGCGCAUCAUCAUCGCCGCGCUGCUUGUUGUUGGCGCAACUACGACGCUACGAGGAUGAUCGCAAAACGAUCACAAAUACACAAAAGGCCCUUUUCAGGGCCGCACAAAUUUCGUUAAUUAUAAUGACUGUUUCUAUCGAAGACUUUACACAAUAAUAAUUAACUACCUAUAUUAUAUUAAUAAUUCCUGUUAUUGCUCUCACAUGGCAUGGCACACCUCGCGCACACACACGCAUAAAUUUAUCCUAUCCUAGGUGCCGCCAGCACAUAAAUACAUACAUAUAAUAUACCUACCUGCCUGUACUAUGCAAAUAAGAAGAGUUUGAGAAAAUAAAUGUAUGUACUUCUUUCAUCGUCAUUACACAAUAUGUUAGGUUAGGGGGGCACGGGAAUGGAAUGGAUAGGUAAAUUAUUAUUGUUGAUGUCGAAAUUUGGAACGUUUCAAUCGGGGCUAUGGAAUAAUAUUGUGGAAAGUAUAAAAAUGGGGUUUUGUAAAAAAAAAUAUAUUAAAUAAGUCAAACAAAUUUUAUUUGUAAUAACAAUUACUAUAAAUAAGUGCGUCAAUGUCAUAAAACGUCUUUAGAGUAGGUACAUAAUUAUACAUUAUACCAAUGUUUCAUUUCAUAUUAUCACUCAUAUAGAUUAAAUAAUACAACAGCAAAAUUUAUGUGAAAAUAAUAAAUUGAUAUUAUAAUAAAAUAUUACUG